GCUCUCCGCUCUCCUCUGGCGCUGCGGGGCCCCGGGAGGCGGCGAACCCCCCCGUUCUCCCCCUGGCCAUGCCCAAGCUGCUGCCGGCUCAGGAGGCGGCGCGAAUCUACCACACCAACUACGUGCGAAAUGCACGGGCCAUGGGUGUGCUGUGGGCCCUGUUCACGCUCUGCUUCUCCAUCCUGAUGGUGGUGACCUUCAUCCAGCCCUACUGGAUCGGCGACAGCAUCGACACGCCGCAGGCUGGCUACUUCGGCCUCUUCUCCUAUUGCAUCGGCAAUGCGCUCACUGGAGAGCUCAUCUGCAAGGGAAGCCCCCUGGAUUUCGGUACCAUCCCCUCCAGUGCCUUCAAAACGGCAAUGUUCUUUGUGGGCAUCUCCACCUUCCUCAUCAUCGGCUCUAUCCUCUGCUUCAGCCUCUUCUUCUUCUGCAAUGCCGCCACCGUCUACAAAGUGUGUGCCUGGAUGCAGCUGGCGGCGGCCACUGGGCUGAUGAUCGGGUGCCUCAUCUACCCUGACGGCUGGGACUCGAGUGAGGUGAAGCGCUUGUGUGGGGACAAGACAGACAAAUACACGUUGGGCGCCUGCACAGUGCGCUGGGCCUACAUCCUCUGCAUCAUUGGCAUCCUCGAUGCCCUCAUCCUCUCAUUUCUGGCCUUCGUGCUGGGGAAUCGCCAGGACAACCUCCUGCCAUCGGAUUUUAAAGUGGAAGGCAAAGAGGAGGGCAGUGAAUGACAGCACUGAUCGUUGUGUGAGUGCUACAGCGAUUCUGACGUUUCUUGCACAUGCAACGCCACCAGCAUAACUGCAGGAUUACUGGUGCUGUAUUCAGAUGGGGUUUGUUUGGGGCCGAAUGGGAAACAGGCUUUGCUGUGCCUCCAUCAGGGAGAAUGUAAAUCCUUGCCAGGCGACAGCAUAAAAUGCGAUGCUGUGCUCUACUCGGCAACAGCAACCGCUCUCCUUCUCUCCCAGGGCUGCCUGGAGCUCUUAGCUCACUUCAGGAGAUGCAGUCCUUUCCUUUUGAGUGGCUUUUCCUACAUGUACCAUCACCUCUGGACUUUCUACAGCUUUCAGCUCUCAUGGAAUUUGUGUGAUGGGAAGAGACUCACAGGACAUCAGCUGUUGUUGGUUUGCUUUUUGUUUGUUUUGAGUCCAUAGGGGGAGGUCUGGGGCCACGAUUUGCUGUCUCUUGGGGUUUGUACAUCUUUUGAGGAAAUGACUUCUGAAUUAAAAUAUGGCCUUUUA